AUUUAAAUUUCCUUUGUAAUAUACAUAUAAAUAUUUCAUAUUAAAGAUUCUCUAGAGUGAUCUCUAAGUCGUAUAUAUUCAUAAAUAUUAUAAAUUGAAUCGAUCUUGAAAUUAUUAAAUGAUAAUUGGAGUGUUCGAUGAAUUAUAUAUUUGUUGAACAUACAUGAAUUUUGCUACAUUGUCAUAUCGUUUAUGCGAGACUUACCUAUUUUGAAUUUUUCAAAUUUUUUUUAAAUUUUGACAUUACGCGCAUAAUAUCAGUAGAGAAUAAUCUAUGGGUGAUAUUCAUAGGCCGAUCUUAUUUAAGAUCGUUCAUGUAUAAUCUAUACAUAUAUAUAUAUAUAUAUAUAUAUAUAUAUAUAUAUAUAUAUAUAAUCGUCUUUUUUAGAUGGGAUCCAUUUAACCACGUUCAUAUUGGCCACAGAACCUUCCAAUCGGUUAAUGUAGCAACAAACCCUAUAGGUACUGGCCGUUAUAAUUGACUGUGCUCAAUAUCAACGUGGUCAAUCGAGACACUUCCUCUUUUUUUAAGAACAGUAUUUGAGAUGCUAUGUGGCCACGUUUGAUUUGAAUGGAAUUUUAAGGCCGGGUCUACAAUAGGUGUAGUAAGCUCUAAACCUUAAGAAAUUGAUCAAUCACAGUCAAUUAUUCCCCUCAUUCUUGACUGUGAUUGGCGAAUUUCUUAAAGCUUAGGGCUUACUGCACCUGUUGUAGAUCCGGCCUAAGACGACUUAAGGCCACGACCAAGAAACCUAAUAUUACACAAUUACACAUGGUUAUUGGUUAUCAAAUAGAACAAUUUUCGGGAUUUUUUAAAUUCUCUAUUCGAUAGCCAAUCAUAUCACAUUGUGUUUAUCUAUGUUUUCUUGCUUAUAAGCUCCUUCAAUCAGUAAAUGUUAUAUUGAAUACAUUCAAUGAUGAACUUUCUUUUAGUAUAUUUUUAAUAUAUUUCAAAUUUUAUAAAAAAAUUUAUUAGUUUUAUUUUACUCGCAUUCCUUAGAAUUUUCUGCACUUAUAUGAUAUAAAACCAUAUAGUAUAUUCGGACGUUGAAUGAGAGAACGAAAGAUCUGAAUGUAAAAUAAAGUGCAAGCAAAACGAAUAAACUUACUGUUACUAGCGCGUUGUCAUAACAACGCGUACGUAAACAUUGAAUGAAGUGCAUCUUGCAUCAGUCAUCGGUCAUCAUCAUAUCAAUAACAACUCUUUCGCAGUGGAUGGAAUUUAUUGCAAAAAUUGAGUAUGAUUUUAUGGCAUGGCCGAAUUGCAUUUAAUUGGGCAUAUUUCAUCCGCAAAGAAUUUUAAACAAUCGCAUCUACUCUGCAAAUGGAAUUUUUAUGUUGGUAAUGGUUGGAAAAUAAUAUCAGGACAAGAAGAAGGACAAACACAAGAGAGUUGCGAUAUUUAUACUAAUAAUCCAAUCUGGGAUCAUCCCAUAGAUUUGCAUUAUACAACUCAGACUUUACAAAACUCUCCGAAAUUAUUAUUGCAAGUAUUUUAUAGAGAUAAUUAUGGAAGGAUACUAUUUCUUGCAUAUGGAAUAUACAAUGUUCCAUUAUCUCCUGGUUUGCACGUAUUAGAAUGUCAUACAUGGAAACCUAUUGAUACAUUAAUCUGUAUAAAUGAUACAGAUUGCAAAAAAUCAAUUGAUUCAACUAUAUAUACUUUUCCAAUGAAAGGAGAUUCGUCAAACGAUAUAGAAGAGAAUAAUUCAUUCACUACUAUCAUUCCUAUAGAGAUAACAUCUUCAAGAAUAAAUUCUAAUGUAACGGAGCAACAAGAAUUAGAAUCAACUUUAAUAACACUGUCCUCACCAAUUAUAUAUCCAGAUGAUGACGAAGUUCUUAUACUCGAAGAAAGAGAAAUAUGCGAGUGCAAUUUGAUUAAAUUUUCAUGCGACAUCAAUUGUUGUUGUGACAUAGAUUGCAAUCAGUUUCAUCUGUCUGCAUUUUCGCACUGCCAAAAUCAUCAUGUAGAGCUUUAUGACAGUCGGUAUUGUUACAAUCGAAAUUUUAUACAACGAAACAACACUUCUUUUAUUCUCGAAAAACUUGGAAAAAAUUUAUUUUGCAUUUUAUAUGACAAUCUUCCAUCUGCAUAUAACUCUGACGACUUGAUAGUAAAUAAUGAAAAAGAUUUGUGGAAAAUGAUACGAGAAAGAUACAAAUGGAAAAUAAUAGAGGAAGAUAAUAGAGGAUUGCUCAAAUACAAUUUGUCUAAAUAUUAUCAACAUGGAGAUAUAGUAUGGAAAUUGCAUAACAAAUCUAUUGAACUAAUAGAGCUUUUACAACCUGGAUUUACUGAAAUAUGUUCGUUUAAAAAGACUUUAAGAUAUUUGGAAAAUUGGAAAAGUGCAUGCAUACAAAAUGAUUUGACAAAUAUGAAUCGUUAUUUGUUUACCACGACGUUCAAUAACUUUACAGUUAUAAAUUCCCUACCAUCAUUCAACGACACAUUUAUUCAUAAACAGCGAUGCCAAAAUAAUAUUUGUUUGUCAGUGAGGACUCAUUAUUGUCUAAAUUCGUUUUCCGUAUGUGAUAAAACCAAGAUAGGAUCAAGUUUUUGCAUAAACUCCACCUGUAUGAAUAUUGUAAAGGGUUUAAAAUAUAUAAUCGCUCACAACGGUUCCGCUGGUAUCAGAAACAUUGAUGCAUAUUUUGAUAUAGGCAAUACUUCUCAUGCCUUUUAUCAAUAUUUUGAGGUUCAAUACAAUUGGAUAGAUGCAAAUAAAACAAAAGUUUUUGCUCGUAGUGGAAAUCCUGGUUACAUAAUGGGCAAGCCAAUCAUUUUUGGCAUUUCUCAUACUAAUAAAAGCAACGAGAUUUUUUUCAACAGAACUGACGGAUUUCUCACAUUACCCUUAGCUGGAAAAAAUGGAGAGUGCGACCAAAUCAACAGACAUAUUAUUGCAUUCGGUGAAGAUGUUAAAUUAAGAUGCUCUGCUAAAUUAUUAAUAAAAAAAUUUACCACAUUAUCUUGCACAGAACUACAAAAUUUAACUAUGCAUUUCUUGAUGAAGGACUCUUUGCUAAAUGCGAGUCAACAUUACAACGCUUAUGUUUCCAAAUUGGGUAAUGUCUCCAAAAAAGAUACAACCGAUUGGUUGCGAAUUGGGUUCGACAGGAUACCGCAAAGCAUCAUCACUGCUCAUGCAAUCGGGAAACGAAUCCUAUGUUCAGGAUUAUUUACAUCUAUGCACUUAGAUGUUCUUUAUUCGAAAAUGCCGGAACCGAAAACUUUAAUAAAUUAUAAAAUAUUAGGAAUUGGCAUUACGUUCGGCAAGGAAGAAGAUAUUAGUUGGCCAAAAUGCGAACCAAAAGAUUGCACAGACAUUCUUCAUAUUGACAUUAUUACCCAUGUCAAUUUUUACGACGUUUCAAAGCCAUCUAAAUAUCAUUUUGUUGGUGGACCUAAUUUGGACAUCACGCUACCGUAUGAUUUUUUUUAUCCUUUUUUGAAUGGCUCGAACAAAAUAGAAAUAUUGAAUGUAUUUGUCCUUUUAAUUAUGUAUCGGUGCCGUGUGCCGCGUGUUUUCGCGAUUCGUGCUCGGAAAUUAAAAAUCGCCUUGGAAUAUUUUGCGCUUCGUAUGUCCUACGGUUGGGAUGCUGUGCGUGAAAGGCGGAACAGUUGCCCGUCACCAGCCAUGUUCAUCGAGUGUCUUGUUGUGACAACGUGA